AGGACAUUACCACUGCUUGCGCUGAAUAUACACUCCCGCGGGGAGUUCGGUGCAUAAAUGUUAUUCCAUCGCUUUUUUUUCGGUUGUCGUGUACGAGGGUUUUUCAAUCGUCAGCCGCGCGCAGCACCAUUUGUUGUAUGGAAAUUAUAAUGGUUGUAUCGGGGUUAUAUCCCAUAGACUAAUGCAUGUUCGUAAACCGCUUUGGUGAAAAAUUGGCAGUGGAAUACAUAAAUAUGCCGUGUCGUUGAAAGUUGUGAUCGUGUAUCUGCUAAUCAUCUUGCAUUUUAUUCGCAUUUCGAUCUUCCGUGCAUCACCAUAUUUUGUCAGCCUCAUCAACUUAAGGCGAUAGUCAUUGUUAUCACACCGCUCAUCUGUCAACCCAUCCAUCAUCUUCGUUGUCAUAUAAAUCUUAUUCAUCGACUCCGUUUCAUGCGUUGAUGUCACGGAGCUCAACUGUAAACGGGUGGUAUGGGCAACGGGCAGUCUGAAUUGAAGACGACAAUCUCCGAGGUUCAACUAUGGCGAGUUAGCGAGAAGGUGAUGCCUGGUUUGCAAGACAAACUGGGCGAGAUCCUAGGCCUCAAGGUCCAAGAAGUGAGCGAUAUCCGCAACUCUUCAGAACUCUCGUCCUCCCGGGAGGCCACACUGAAGAUCCUCAUCCAAUGGCAAGAUAAGCAGAAGAACAGGAACACGGCGGAAACCCUGACCAAGGUUCUGAAGACGCUUGACAUCUGGGAGAAGGGCCUCAUUGAUCCAGCCGAUAAUGAUCAUCUGAAGUACGUCGUGAGUUCAAAGAAGGACGUUCCAGGCCUCUCUGAAAUGCAGGUCCAAUGCUUGGCAAACCGCAUCCCGACCGAGAAAUACGUGCCACUCGGUCUCAACCUCGGUUUGCCUUACCGCGAUGUUGCGGCUAUGUGGACCGCAGCAGAAGGGCAUGUUCGGAACGCGGCGUUUGAAAUGUUAACCACCUGGGUAAGAGGAGUGGAACCGACCGUCAAACAGGCGGAUACCUUGGUCAAAGUCCUGGUGGCAACGCAACAGAUGAAGCUUGCCGAUGAAGUCCGGAAAGGAAUUGGAUUAAAGGUUGAUCUUUACGAGAUGAAGAAAGUGUAUCUCAAAGCCGAAAAAUUGAAGAAAUAUCUUGGACUGGACGAGGCGGGCAAUCUCUGUUUCCUCGAAGAGAGUGAGGACAAGACGGAACAGGAUAGAUAUCUUAUAAACCUAUACACCUUUAACACUAGUAAGACGGAUAAGAGUAGCCAUGGGUCUCCUGUUAUAGUUUCUUUCUCGUCUAAAUGCAUGGCGGUCGAUAAGAAUGGCAAGAUAUACUUCCAGCCUGUUGAAAGUAAUGCAAAACAGAUUAGCCAAGCCGACGAACGAUUCUUCUACUACCAGACUGAAGAUGACGUGCUCUCCACACUCAGAAGUUGUGUCUUCACAAAAUACCUCUGCGUGGACUCUUCAAAUCAACCUGUCAUGGGGGGCGAAGGUGGGAGUGUCGUUAAGUUCGAGGAGAUUUCUUCAUUUAAAAGACGCUGACAGCUGGAACAACUCAAAAUGGAUGCAUUUAUGGAUGCAUGGUCGGUGUAGCAGAUAAACGUUCAGAUUUUCUGUGUUUUACUCUCAGUAUAUGACGUCAUGACGUAAGAGUUACUCUCAUCGCUUGCAAUAAUGGCCAUGCAAGUUUUAUAGUGCGAUUAAAAAACACGGUCAAAUUCGUAUGAAAGUUGCACUGCACCAUGUGCACAAGGUUUAACACUGGAUUUUGAUUUUGGCGCAACUUUAUUGGCGAUGACUAAUGUUAAGAGAUGGUUAUGUUAGAUGGACAAAGUCUGUGUUUGACGUUAGACAAAGUGUUAGUGUCAUCUCCACAAGUUUGGUUUCUGUAUGACGCGUCAUCAAUGGGAGCGUUAUAUGGUGUGUCACCCCAGUGAAUUAUCACUGGAUAUUAUGAAUUUGCUAUCAGUCAAUUGGCUGCCAGAGUUCUACACUGUAAAAACUGUGGUGUUAAAACUGACACCAUUGGUGUUAAUAGAGGACCACAACCUAAGGUGUUAAAAU